CAGUGCAACUCAUACAUCUACAACUAGUACCUUCAGCAGCGCAACUCAUACAUCUACAACUAGUACCUUCAGCAGCGCAACUCAUACAUCUACAACUAGUACCUUCAGCAGCGCAACUCAUACAUCUGCAACUAGUAUCUUCAGCAGCGCAACUCAUACAUCUACAACUAGUAUCUUCAGCAGCGCAACUCAUACAUCUACCAUUCACUCGAUUGAAACGACUGGAACAACAAUGGAUACAUGUUUAAUCAUGGAUUCAACAAUUACUGCCGUUUCACAUCCAGGACCAACUUCUUACGAGGCCGAAUCACCAACUAAUCUGAUUACGAAUGACACCGAACUACAAAAUUGUUCAGAUUGUUCUGGUGGAUUCAAAAUCGGUUUUAUAGGCUUUGAAGAGGAACUAACAUUUGAAAACAUCAAUGGUGAUACAGGUGGAACGUUUCCACUCACCAUUUAUUUUGCAACAGGAGAGGAUCGAGUGGGCGAUAUUAGUAUAAAUAAUGGUGCACCAAUCGUCAUCAAUUACUAUAAUACGUCAAGCUUUGUACACGUAAACUCAACAACAGUUUCUGUAGUGUUAUGUGCAGGAUCCAAGAAUACAAUUAAAUUCUAUAAUCCAACAAAUUAUACAGCAGAUAUCGAUCGGAUUGUUGUUUAA